AUGAAUGAAGCAAAAUAUAGAAGUUGUGUUGGAGCAUUAAUCUUUAACCAAAACAAUCAAGUUUUAAUUUGUAAAAGAUCAUCUAAAAAGAAAACUGCUGUUGGAAAAUGGCAAUUUCCACAAGGUGGAGUAGAAGUUGAAAAGAAUGAAGAUUAUUAUGUAGCAGUACAAAGAGAGAUUAAAGAGGAAGUUGGAUUAGAGCCAUCAAUUGAUACAUUAAAAUACGUUUCAAAGCUUCAAAAUCCAUUAUCUUACAUUUAUGAAGAUUCACCAAAAUCUAGAAGUGGUGGUCAUAUUGGACAAAUGAUACAUUGGUAUCUAUUUUACUUACCAAAUGAUUUAAUUAAAACUGUCAAUUUAAAUGUUGAAGAGGAACCGGAAUUUGAAGAAUGUAAAUGGUUUGGUUUUGAAGAAUUUAUAAAUAAUAAUGAAAUGAUUGUACCAUUUAAAAAAGAUAUGCUUCAUUCUCUAUUUUUAGAAUCACAACCAAUUAUAAAUCAUUAUUUGGAAUCUGUAAUUGAUUCAUCUCCACCAAAACAAUUAUCACAAUAA